AUGGCCUCCGGCCUCAAGGAAAAACCUAACAUGGGCAAUAACAGAGCAUCUAACAGAUUUAGUUUACAACAACAGUUGAGUAGAAAGAAAUUUCUCAAUCCUAAUCUACUGAAGUUUACAGUUCGAGCCUCGUACACAGCUUGCAACCUUCCUGGAGCGACUACUGUCUGGGGGGCGCAAAACAGAAAACAUGUGAAUGGACAAAAACAAAGUUUGUAUUUAAAACAACAUAAUAACCCCACCGUGUAA